CCUGCCCCCCUCCCCCUCCUCAGCGCUUCGAUCCAAGAUGGCGGCGCUGAGCAGCAGCAGCAGCGCCGAGGGGGCCUCGCUCUUCAACGGGGACAUGGAACCCGAGCCGCCAGCGCCGCCCGGGGCCUGCUACGCGGGGGGCAGCGGCAGCGCAGGGGGAGACCCCGCCAUCCCGGAGGAGGUGUGGAAUAUAAAACAAAUGAUUAAAUUAACACAAGAACACAUAGAAGCCCUGCUGGACAAGUUUGGAGGAGAGCAUAAUCCACCUUCUAUAUACCUGGAGGCCUAUGAAGAGUACACCAGCAAGCUAGAUGCACUGCAACAGAGGGAGCAGCAGUUACUGGAAUCCAUGGGCAAUGGAACUGAUUUCUCUGUCUCCAGUUCAGCUUCAACAGAUACCGUCACAUCAUCGUCAUCUUCUAGUCUCUCUGUAGCACCUUCUUCCCUCUCAGUUUAUCAGAACCCUACAGAUUUGUCACGGAAUAACCCUAAAUCUCCACAGAAGCCUACUGUUAGAGUCUUCCUACCCAACAAACAGAGGACAGUGGUUCCAGCAAGAUGUGGAGUUACAGUCCGUGACAGUUUAAAGAAAGCUUUGAUGAUGAGAGGUCUCAUCCCAGAGUGCUGUGCAGUUUACCGAAUACAGGAUGGGGAGAAAAAGCCCAUUGGCUGGGAUACAGACAUUUCCUGGCUCACAGGCGAAGAACUGCAUGUGGAAGUCUUGGAGAAUGUACCUCUUACGACACACAACUUUGUACGAAAGACGUUCUUCACUUUAGCAUUCUGCGACUUCUGUCGAAAGCUGCUUUUCCAGGGGUUCCGUUGUCAGACCUGUGGAUACAAAUUUCACCAGCGUUGUAGUACUGAGGUGCCGUUGAUGUGCGUGAAUUAUGAUCAGCUUGAUUUGCUGUUUGUCUCCAAGUUCUUCGAACAUCACCCAAUACCACAAGAGGAGGCCUCCUUAGAGACGACCCCAGUAUCCGGAUCAUACACUUCAGUGGCCCACUCAGAUUCGCCCGGCCCACAGGUUCUCCCUGGUCCUUCUCCUUCAAAAUCCAUUCCAAUACCCCAGCCUUUCCGACCAGCAGACGAAGACCAUCGGAAUCAGUUUGGUCAACGAGACCGUUCCUCAUCUGCCCCCAAUGUCCACAUCAAUACUAUAGAGCCUGUCAACAUUGAUGAGUUGAUUAGAGAUCAAGGGUUGCGAGGAGAGGGAGCCCCUAUGAACCAGCUGAUGCGCUGCCUUCGGAAAUACCAAUCCCGGACUCCCAGUCCCCUCCUCCAUUCUGUCCCCAGUGAGAUAGUGUUUGAUUUUGAGCCUGGCCCAGUGUUCAGAGGCUCAACCACGGGUUUGUCUGCCACGCCGCCUGCCUCCUUACCCGGGUCCCUCACCAAUGUGAAAGCAUUGCAGAAAUCCCCGGGGCCUCAGCGAGAGAGGAAGUCUUCCUCCUCUUCAGAAGACCGGAGCAGAAUGAAAACUCUUGGUCGGCGAGACUCAAGUGAUGAUUGGGAAAUACCAGAUGGCCAGAUCACAGUUGGACAAAGGAUAGGGUCUGGGUCAUUUGGAACAGUCUAUAAGGGAAAGUGGCAUGGUGAUGUUGCAGUGAAAAUGUUGAAUGUUACAGCCCCCACCCCUCAGCAGUUACAAGCCUUUAAAAAUGAAGUAGGAGUGCUCAGGAAAACAAGACACGUGAAUAUAUUGCUUUUCAUGGGUUAUUCAACAAAGCCGCAGUUGGCUAUAGUUACGCAGUGGUGUGAAGGCUCCAGUCUUUACCACCAUCUACACAUCAUUGAGACCAAAUUUGAGAUGAUCAAGCUGAUAGAUAUUGCACGGCAGACAGCACAAGGAAUGGAUUACUUGCAUGCCAAGUCAAUCAUCCACAGAGACCUCAAGAGUAAUAAUAUAUUUCUUCAUGAAGACCUCACGGUAAAAAUAGGUGACUUUGGUCUAGCAACAGUGAAAUCACGAUGGAGCGGGUCCCAUCAGUUUGAACAGUUGUCUGGGUCAAUUCUAUGGAUGGCUCCAGAGGUAAUUAGGAUGCAAGAUAAAAACCCAUAUAGCUUUCAGUCAGAUGUGUAUGCAUUUGGGAUUGUUCUUUAUGAGCUGAUGACUGGGCAGUUACCAUAUUCUAACAUCAACAACAGGGACCAGAUAAUUUUUAUGGUGGGGCGAGGAUACCUCUCUCCAGAUCUCAGCAAAGUGCGAAGUAACUGUCCCAAAGCAAUGAAGAGGCUAAUGGCAGAAUGCUUGAAAAAGAAAAGGGAUGAACGACCCCUCUUCCCACAGAUCCUCGCCUCUAUUGAGCUCCUGGCCCGGUCGUUGCCAAAAAUUCACCGCAGUGCAUCUGAGCCCUCCUUGAACCGGGCUGGUUUCCAGACAGAGGAUUUUAGUCUGUAUGCUUGCGCUUCUCCAAAAACACCCAUCCAGGCAGGGGGAUACGGCGAAUUUGCAGCGUUCAAGUAGCCACGGCAACAUUGGCAGCAAAUCCACUCUCUCAUUUUUUUUAAAAAAAGUCUUGUGUUCCUACAGUUUCUUUUUAUAACAUCCAGACUCUUCUGCCCCUCAAAAAAAAAAAAAAAA